AUGGCCUCCUGGCAGGUGGAGGAUGUGGUGGUGCUGGAGGUGAGCAGCUCCCUGGCACAGCCUUCCCUGUUCUACCACCUUGGUGUGCGUGAGAGCUUCAGCAUGACCAACAAUGUGCUUCUCUGCUCCCAGGCUGACAUCCCUGACCUGCAGGCCCUUCGGGAGGACAUUUUUCAGAAGAAUUCAGAUUGUGUUGGCAGCUAUACGCUGAUCCCCUAUGUGGUGACAGCCACUGGUCGAGUGCUAUGUGGUGAUGCAGGCCUCCUGAGAGGCCUGGCUGACGGGCUAGUCCAGCCCGGGGUGAACACUGAGGCCCUGCUCACACCUCUGGUGGGCCGGCUUGCUGGUCUGCUGGAGGCGACGCCCACGGACUCUUGUGGCUAUUUCCGGGAGACCAUUCGGCAGGACAUCCGGCAGGCCCGGGAGCGGUUCAGGGGGCAGCGGCUGCGGCAGGAGCUGGCUCGCCUGCAGCGGAGACUGGACAGUGUGGAGCUGCUGAGCCCUGACAUCAUCAUGAACCUGCUGCUUUCCUACCGAGAUGUGCAGGACUACUCAGCCAUCAUUGAGCUGGUGGAGACGCUGCAGGCCUUGCCCACCUGUGAUGUGGCUGAGCAGCACAACAUCUGCUUCCACUAUACAUUUGCCCUCAACCGGAGAAACAGGCCUGGAGACCAGGAGAAGGCAUUAGCUGUGCUGCUGCCACUGGUACAGGGAGAGGGCUCUGUGGCACCUGACCUAUACUGCAUGUGUGGCCGUGUCUACAAGGACAUGUUCUUUAGCUCUGGCUUUCAGGAUGCUGGGCACCGGGAGCAAGCAUAUCACUGGUAUCGGAAGGCUUUUGAUGUGGAGCCCAGCCUUCACUCAGGCAUCAAUGCUGCUGUGCUCCUCAUUGCUGCUGGGCAGCGCUUUGAGGACUCCAGCGAGCUCCGGCUUAUCGGUAUGAAGCUGGGCUGCCUGCUGGCCCGAAAAGGCUGUGUGGAGAAGAUGCAAUAUUACUGGGAUGUAGGCUUCUACCUGGGAGCUCAGAUCCUUGCUAAUGACCCCACUCAGGUGGCACUGGCUGCAGAGCAGCUAUACAAGCUCAAUGCCCCCAUAUGGUACCUGGUGUCCAUGAUGGAAACCUUCCUGCUGUAUCAGCACUUCAGACCCACACCAGAGCCCCUUGGAGGACCCCCACGCCGUGCUCAAUUCUGGCUCCACUUCUUACUACAGUCCUGCCAGCUAAUCAAAACAGCCGGUCCCCAAGGGGACCAGUGCUUGGUUCUGGUCCUGGAGAUGAACCAAGUGCUGCUGCCUGCAAGGCUGGAGGUUCAAGGUAUGAACCCAGUGAGAGCAGUGACCCUGAGCCUGCUGGAGCCUGAGACCCAGGACUGUCCCUCCAGCUGGACCUUCUCAGACUCCUCCGUCUGCGGUAUCAGCACCUCCAAGCGGGAUGAGCGCUGCUGCUUCCUCUACUCGCUGCCCCCGGUUCAGGACUUCCAGCUGUGCUUCCCCAGCGUAGGGCACUGCCAGUGGUUCUGCGGCCUGAUCCAGGCCUUGGUGACGAAUCCAGAUUCCAGGUCGCCCGCGGAGGAGGCAGAGGGUGUGGGGGAGGUGCUGGAGUUUGAUUACGAGUACACAGAGACGGGUGAGAGGCUGGUGCUGGGCAAGGGGACCUACGGUGUCGUGUACGCGGGCCGGGACCGGCACACGCGGGUGCGCAUCGCCAUCAAGGAGAUCCCCGAACGAGACAGCAGGUUCUCUCAGCCUCUACACGAAGAGAUCGCCCUGCACAAACGCCUGCGCCACAAAAACAUCGUGCGCUACCUGGGCUCAGCCAGCCAGGGCGGCUACCUCAAGAUCUUCAUGGAGGAAGUGCCUGGAGGCAGCCUGUCCUCCUUGCUGCGGUCAGUGUGGGGACCCCUGCAGGACAACGAGAGCACCAUCAGUUUCUACACCCGCCAGAUCCUGCAGGGACUCAGCUACUUGCAUGACAACCGAAUUGUGCAUCGUGACAUCAAGGGGGACAAUGUGCUGAUCAACACCUUUAGUGGGCUACUCAAGAUCUCUGACUUUGGCACUUCCAAGCGGCUGGCAGGCAUCACGCCUUGCACUGAGACCUUCACAGGGACCCUACAAUAUAUGGCCCCAGAAAUCAUUGACCAGGGCCCACGAGGGUAUGGGAAAGCAGCUGACAUCUGGUCAUUGGGCUGCACUGUAAUCGAGAUGGCCACAGGUCGCCCACCCUUCCAUGAGCUAGGGAGCCCACAGGCUGCCAUGUUUCAGGUGGGCAUGUACAAAGUACAUCCACCAAUGCCCAGUUCUCUGUCAGCUGAGGCCCAAGCCUUCCUCCUGCGAACUUUUGAACCAGACCCCCACCUCCGAGCCAGUGCUCAAGCACUGCUGGGGGACCCCUUCCUGCAACCUGGGAAGAGGAGCCGAAGCCCAGGCUCCCCUCAACAUGCUCCACGACCCUCAGAUGCCCCUUCAGCCAGCCAUCUUCCUUCAGCUGAUUCAACCACCCAGUCUCAGACAUUCCCACGCCCUCAGGCACCCUCUCAACACCCGCCCAGUCCCCCGAAGCGCUGCCUCAGUUAUGGGGACACCAGCCAGCUCCGGGUGCCUGAGGAGCCCGGAGCCGAAGAUCCUGCAUCCCCUGAGGAGAGUUCGGGGUCGAGCCUGCUGCAUCAAGAGAGCAAGCGCCGGGCCAUGCUGGCCACGGUGCUGAAGCAGGAGCUGCCCACACUGGCAGAGAGUCUGUGCCUGGAACAGGAACAGGGUCCCCGUCUGGGCAGGAAUCUUGUGGAACAGCUACUGUGCUGCCUUGGGGCACAUAUCCACACUCCCAACCGCCGGCAGCUGGCCCAGGAGCUGCGGACACUGCAAGAGCAGCUGCAGGCCCAGGGCCUUGAGCCUGCACUUCUGCACGGACCGCUCUUUGCCUUCCCUAAUGCAGUGAAGCAGAUUCUCCGCCAGCGCCAGAUCCGCCCACACUGGAUGUUCGUGCUGGACUCGCUUCUCAGCCACGCUGUAGGGGUAGCCCUGGCGGUGCUGAGCCCAGAAGUGGAGAAGGUUGCAAUCCCUCCGAGGUCAGAAGAGUCCAGUAAAGAGGAGCCCCAACCCUUGGAGCAGGAGACCCCAGUCCAGCAGAACUUGCUCCCAAGGGAACCCGAGCAGAGCCCCCCACCUUUGAUGGUGCAGCUGGGCCUCUUGCAAGCAGAGACUGAUAGGCUUCGAGAUGUCCUGGCUGAGAAGGAAUGGGAGUGCCAGACUCUGAUGCAACAAGCUCUACAGCGGGUCAGUGAGGACAGGACCUGUUCCCUGGCCUCAAAGCCCCCAGCUGCUCAAACAGUGGACCAGGACCUGGUGCGGUGGCUACAGGAACUGAACGUGGAUUCAGUCACCAUUCAGACACUGCUGAACCACAGCUUCACCCUCCAUGCCCUACUGACCUGUGCCACUAGAGAUGACCUCACCUACACCUGCAUCAGGUAUGUCCUGCACCCUCCAGGAUGACCCAUGCAUAUGGGAUCAUGCUGGUCAGAUCCUGACCCCCAGCUACAGGCUUGCCUAGUUUCCUCUCUGGAAACUACAGGGACACCAGGGUCCCUUGGGGACAGAGGGGGCAUUAGGCAGACAGUGGGUACCAGAGAGAGCCCAGGGUCUUCCGGCUGAGCCACAGUGAGCUUGCUGCCCCCAGGGGAGGGAUGGUGUGCCGUAUCUGGAGAGCCAUUCUGGCGCAUCGAGCGGGAUCCACGGCUGUUACCCCUGGCCCCCAGGAGGCUGAAUGAGGGCAUCAGAGGCAAGAGGCCAGACCCAAGGAUGAGUGAAUGGAGAAGACGCGAGCAACUUCCGGCACACCCACCCCAGGGCCCAGGGGCAACUGGAGGAGGCCAGGUGGGUGGGGGGCAGUCCAACCACAGAGAUGCCCAAGCUCACCGAG